AUGUUUCAAAGGUAUGAGACAAGGAGACCCGAUUUCCCGUUCCUUUUUCUCCUUGUGAUGGAAGCAUUUUCUAGUAUGUUGAAGAAAGCUGGGAUGGUGGGUGCCGUUAGGGGAUUGGUUUUACCUAAUGAGGGACCGACUCUCACUCACUUAUUAUACGCGGACGAUUAUGUGAUUAUGGGAGAAUGGGGGAUUAAUAAUAUUAAGAAUGUUGCUCGUUUACUGAGUUGCUUCUAUCUAGUUUCUGGCCUCAAGAUUAAUUUAAGGAAGUCGAGUCUGGUUGGGUUGGGUUUGUCGCAGGCAGAGGUUACGGAUAUGGCGAUCAUUGUAUUGUUAACUGUAAAGUGGGAGAGAUCCCUUUUAUCCAUCUUGGGGUUUUUGGUGGGUGCGAAGAUGCAUAGAAUAAUUAAUUGGAAAUCGGUGUUUGACUACUUUGAGGCUAGGCUUGCGUUGUGGAAAUCCUCAUUGUUGUCUAUAGGGGGAGAGUGA